GAUUUUUUCCUCGUCUCCUUCAGCUGCGGUCUCCUCUCGCGUCGCGUUGUGUGUUUCUUUUUGCGCAGAAAAAGGAGGUGUCGCUCGUGUGCGUGCGUGCGUGCGUGUGUGUGUCUCUUUUUUUCUGGGGGGAAGCAGGAAGCUUUGCGGUCUUUGUUCAUUCAUUUGAUCGGUCGGGCUCCUUUUUGUUGGACCGAGAGAAAGCAUGGGAGCGCAAACCUCCAAAACCGCUGGGAAAGAGGACGUCGCGGUGGAAAAUCCCGCAGAAGGUGCGGCCGUGGCGGCGAAGACGAACGGACAGGAGAACGGCCACGCCAAAACCAAUGGAGAUGCCUCUCCGACUGCGGAGGAGGCCAACAAGGCUGAUGUCCAGGCCAACGGCAGCACUCCAACCGAGGAGGCGCCCAAAGAAGAAGGCGAGAAAGUAGAGGCUGCAGAGGCCAAUGGAGAGAAGGAGCCCGCGGCCACAAACGGGGAAGCCUCCGACAAGCCGGAGGAAGGCACUCCAUCCACCAGCGAGGACGGCAAGCAGAAGAAGAAGCGCUUCUCCUUCAAGAAACCCUCCUUCAAGCUCAGCGGCUUCAAUUUCAAGAAGACCAAGAAGGAGUCUGAGGAGGCUGCGGAGGAAGGAGCAGCAGCCGCCGCAGAGCCAGUGGAGGAAGAGAAGGAGGCGUCCGAGGAGGCCGCUGCUGAGGAGGCCAAGCCGUCCGAGGCCAGUGAGGAGGGAGCCAAGGAGGCUGCAGCUGAGGAGCCAAAGCCAGUGGAGGAGGUGAAGGCAGAGGGAGAAGUAGCAGCAGCAGCCGCAGGAGGUGGAGAGGAGAAACCAGCUGAGGCUUCACCCGCUGAGCCAGAGACGGCAGCCAGUCCGGAGGCCGCCCCUGCCGCCGCCGAGUAAUCCUGCUGAUCAAGACACCAGAAUGAAGGAGAUGAUGGAGCCCGUCUGAAGGAAUGCGAGGACUUGUCUAAAACCAGGGAUUUUUUUUUGUUUAAUUUUUUUGUUGGUGUUUUUGUUUACUAUUCUGCAACCACCCCGUCCACAAUGACUGCAAUGUCCGUGGCAGUGAUGGACAGGAGGUGUACUGGCGAGUGUGCUGCUUCUUCACUGCUCAUUGGUGCUUGCAUUUGUGACGUGGGUGAGUGUGAAAGUGCGAAUGUGAGUGUGAGUGUAUUUUUUUUUUUCUACAUGAAACCAUGACUGUGUUGACACGUUGCUGAAUUUGACAUAUUUAAUCUUAAGUAUUUGGUGCAGGGCAAUUGGAUGUAGCAGCUAAAGCUGUGUCUGCAAGAUGUGACACAUUGUGAUCUUUUUUAAAGGGAAACCAAGUCUUACAUGUUGUCUUUGCAGUGCACAGUUGUUUACAAUUCUUAAAGCUCGACGCUCCUGUGGACACGACCAUUCCUGAAUGAACUAGACUUAGUUAACUGUCAAAAACAAUAGAUGCUCAUCACUUUCCAUUUAGAUUUCCACCAUUUCAAAUCUCUGUAGUAAUGCACGUUGUAUAGACUUUGAUAUUACUGGUUUUAUGACUGAGAUGUACCUAAAUGACUGAAGUUUUUAACAGAUUACCCAUUGUAAAUGAAGUUUUUUCUUGUUUUUCACCAUUUGUAAGAUUGAAUAAAAUUGGGAGAUGUUUUAAGCAGAUCUUUUGCAUCAAGCUGUGAUGACUACACCACUUCAAAUCGACGCUACAAAAAAGCACAAAAACGAGGGGCCAGGGGGCGCUAAUCUUUGAGCAGCAUCUUUUUUUGUACAUAAUGAGGCUUCACUCUAUUCGAUGUGGAAUGUAACAUUGCCGACAAAGUGUUCCGUUUGUUUUUUCUGUGAGCACUGAAGAAUAAAGGACUGAAGUGUGAA